UGGGCCCGAGUGUCUGUGGCGCGUCUUGUUGUUUGCCUUCCGCUUUUUCGUCAAUUUUGGACCUUUUUGGUGGAUUAUUGUGGUAUUAAUUGUGUCUCCUUGUAAAUGGUGGAAUGAAAAUGUGUUGCCUAUGGCCAAUACCCCCCUAACACCCGUGAAACCAGCCUUUUGAGGUGUAGUGAUGGGGCACGAUGAAUGGGGAGCCGAACACCAACCCGCAAGUGCCCGUCACAACCCUAGCGGGCAUCGCCAGCCUCACCGAGUUACUUCCUGAGUUGCCACUACCAUCAUCAUCUGUGGGUCCAGGAGAUUCUCGAUCGCUCCUGUUUCAUCCCCGUGUGGCCGAGGAGGCACAGCGUCUUCUUUCUUGCCAGGAUCCAGCUCUAGUUGAGCAGCUGGCAAACUCUCUGGCACUGACACAUGCAGACCACAUAGAACUAAAGGAACAGUAUGCUGGGACAGAUUCUUCCAUUCCUCUGAGAAAUGCACCUCCAUUGUUAGAAGGAAUUCUUCGUGUGAAUCCUGCUGUUUUUACAGCUAGACAAGGUGGUAGUGAAGGAGGAGCUGUUAUUAAAACCGAGUGUGAGAAGGGCAUCAGUUCAGUCAACCAUAGUUCCCCCUCAAAACACAUAAACAAUGUGUCUGUGAUCCAGUGUGGACCAGUUCUUGCUAAUGCUACCCAGGUAAAGGUCAAGACCGAGCCUGGAGGUCCUUCACCUCCUGCAUCCCUGCCUCUAACCAAACCUGAUGGGCAGUUAGAGAAGCACCACGGUCAUAAGCUGGCCAGUAAGCAAGAUCCACAAACUGAUGAGUCUUAUGGCAAGAGAAAUCUUGUCCCCAAAUCUGACAGACAAUCUGAUAAAUCUGUGGACAAAGACGAAGAUAAGUCCUCAGAAAAGCAUAGUAAACGGAGUGAUAAGACUAGUAACAAAGGAACUAAAUCUGAGAGCAAAUCAGCCCAUGUUACCCCAGAAAAAGAAAAAGCAUCCCACAACCACACACAAGACUAUAAAAACAAAGGUGUGGACAAAAUGCGAACGUUGAGCAAUGGGACACAAUCGAUGUCUCGUAUGCAUCAUAAAUCACACAAGUCUUCUAGAGAAUCUAAUGACAAUGCUAUUGUAGCAGCUAAAGCUAUGAAAGAACCGGUGGUGGUCCUCAAUAAGCUCUCUUCGGAGGAGCUUAAAUCAAUGGGCCGCAUUCCAAAGCUUUCAGGGGUAGGGUCCAAUAAACCAGAGAAAAACCCUGAUACACCUAGAAAUAGUAGUAGUUCAAGAAGUUCUCGAGGACAAAGAGAUGCAAAGAAGUACAGGGAAGUCAGCUCUGAUUCUGAAUCCUCAGAAGAAGACAAGAAGAAGCCAAAUAAAUACUUUAAGAAUCGGGAAAGAGAGCGUGAGGAGAAGAAGAAGAAAGAUAAAGCAGAUAGGAAAAGAAAUCGUUUACAGUCUGACGAGGACGACUAUAAUCCCGACCAGGAAAGUAAACGAAGGAAAAAGGGUGCUCAUGAUUCUUCAGAAGACGAGGAUUCUGAAUAUGAAGAAACAGAAGGUUCAAAGGCCCCCAAGAGAGCUGCUGCUCCAGCACCUCUGCAAAAGAAACCAUCAUACACCAACAAACGUUUGGAGAGAAAGUUGGUGCCACAAACUGAGAAACUCACAGCUGAAGAGUUGAUGGAAACUGGUGUUUACCAGAGAUUUAACAGAGCUGUUGAAAAGAUAUUUGAUAAUACUGAAGAUCUUGAUCUCAGUGCAGAAAUUGAGGAAGAUGGUGAUGUUCCACAGGAGUAUCUCAUUCCAAAAUAUGAGCUGUCAGACUUAUGUUCUGAAGCCGCAAAGUUGAAGAGUUUAGGAGCUAUGGCCAUAGUACCACCUGAAAGGCUUGUCAGACUUCUCAACAUCCUGGAAAAGAAUAUCCGAGAUGGAGCCAAAGUGACCCCCAUAGUGGAUGAGGAGGAUGAAGAUGAUGACAAGCUAUGGAUGGAGCUGGUGAUGGAACGAAUCUUGCGUGGGAUGGAUGCCUCUCUCACUGCCAUGAACAUAUUGACAUCACCUAACAUGAGCAAGAGAGUGUACCUCGAGGAUGUCAUUGAAAGAUGUGUCCAGUUUACCAAAUUCCAACUCUCCAACACCAUUUAUCCAUCCUUUGAUCCUGUUUACAGGGUGGAUAGCAAAAAAGAUAGUUAUGUUGGCAAUGUAAAAAGAAAGAGAGCCCAGUGUAAGGAUGUGAGGAACCGGAGUAUCAUUGGCCUCUACAAUAAGUUGCAUGAGGUGGUAGGUCUGUUAGCUGACCUUUUAAGCAUCCAGACACUAACUGACACAACAGUGUUGCAGCUGUCUACCCUUGGUGUAGCUCCAUUCUUUGUGGAAAAUGUUUCAGAACUCCAGCUCUCUGCACUCAGACUGGUUACCAAGGUAUUCUCCAAGUACAACAAGCAUCGUCGUCUGUUAUUAGACGACAUUCUUGCUUCUAUAGCCCGCUUACCCAAUAGUAAAAGGAGCUUGAGAACAUACAGAUUGAACUCUGAUGAAAAUAUUCAGAUGUUAACAGCCUUAGUUUUACAGUUGAUACAGUGUGUAGUUGAACUCCCAGAGGAGCUGGCACAAGACAACAAAUAUAAAAGUGCUAGUGAUGGUGAUACACAUAAUUCCAAAGAUUCCAAAGAUUCAAAAGUGGAAGAAAAGAAACCGGAGUUAAACAUGGAUAGAGAUGUUUUAGUGUGUAAUCGUUAUGAGACUGCCAUGAGUACAGCAUAUAGUUUUCUAUCAGUGUUCCUUCAAAAAACGGGCAGCAAAAGUGAGGAGAUCGAUUAUCGACCUCUGUUUGAAAAUUUUGUUCAAGAUCUCCUUGCCACAGUGAACAAGCCUGAAUGGCCAGCUGCAGAACUACUUUUGUCACUCUUAGGCAAACUUCUAGUACAAAAAUUCAGCAACAAAAACACAGACAUGGCCCUUAGGGUAUCAUCUCUGGACUGUUUGGGGGUAGUGGCAGCAAAGUUACGACGUGAUGCUGUGUCUUCCCAAUUGGAACUUGAAAAUAUUAAAAUUAUAAUCCAAGAAGUAAGGGAGGAAGAGAAUCGUGAUGCCCCCAUGCUUGAAGAUGGCUCUCCUCCCACUGAAAAUGGCACCACAGGUCCAUCUACACCAUCCAGUAAGAAGAGCAAAAAGAAGAAGGGUAGUAGUGAAAAGGCCAAAGAAGCAGAGGCUCAAUCAGACGAAGAGGAGGAGAGGACCAUGUUUUUGCAGAGAGUCCUCUUGGACUGGCUUGCUGUAAACUCAGGAAGUGAGACAGCACUCUUGCAUGCUCGGCAUUUCUACAUCGGGCAGUGGUACAGGGAGGCUUACACAGAGAUUAUGCGUCAGAAGCAAGGACCAUUACCACAGUCAAAUACUCGAAAAGGAGCUAGCCACAACAAAAAGAAAAGAAAGAGAAAAGGAGAUGAGAGUGAUGAAGAGAGCACAGGAGAAUCUGAUGAUGAUGAUGAUGACGACGAUGUUAAGAAGGGCCAGGUUGAUGAAGCUCUUGCUGCUGAGGUCACCCAGUUAGCAGAGAGGCGUAAACUCUUCCUUCUUACAAAGGUCCCAGCCUUCCCACCUGCCUCGCCAGGAGCAAAAACACAGACACUUCAGACCCAUAUUGGCUAUGAAAAUGCUGAGCUCAUUACCAGAUAUUUAGCCUCUAAGAGACCAUUCUCUCAGAGUUUUGAUAUGUAUCUGAAACAGAUUUUGAGAGUAUUAACAGAGUCAGCCAUUGCGGUGCGCACGAAGGCCAUGAAGUGCCUGACUAUGGUGGUAGAAGCUGAUCCAGGAGUUUUGUCAAGGAAUGAUAUGCAGAUGGGUGUGCAUCACUCAUUCUUAGACCACUCCACCUCUGUAAGAGAAGCAGCUGUUGACUUGGUUGGAAAAUUUGUCCUAUCACGCCCAGAAGUCUUGAACACAUAUUAUAAUAUGAUUGCUGCUAGAAUUUUGGACACGGGUGUUAGUGUAAGAAAAAGAGUCAUCAAGAUUUUAAAGGAUAUCUGCUUAGAGUGUCCAGACUUCAACAAAAUUCCAGAGAUUUGUGUAAAAAUGAUCCGAAGAGUCAAUGACGAGGAAGGUAUCAAAAAACUAGUUCAGGAGGUCUUCCAGAACAUGUGGUUCACACCUGUGCGAGAGAGACCACAAUUAGACGAAGAGUCAUUAUUGAGAAAAGUAAACAAUAUCACAGAAGUGGUUAUAGCCUGCAAAGAUACUGGCUUGGAUUGGUUUGAACAGCUAUUGCACAGUAUGUUUCGCCCAAAGGAAGACAAAGAAGAUGUUACAAAGGUCAAUACAGAACCUCCGAAGUCAUUAGUAACGGCUUGCAAGCAGAUUGUAGACUGUUUGGUGAGACAUAUCUUGGUGCUGGAAGAGGGAGACCUGGAGAGCCAGCCUUCAGAUCAGCCAAGAACCACAUCACAACGUCUUUUGGCAUGUCACCAGACACUCUACCUCUUUGCUAAAAUCCGUCCCCAACUUUUGGUGGACCAUGCUAUCACACUGCAACCAUAUUUAGCAUGGAGGUGUCGGACGCAAGUGGAUUACACAAUGAUUGGUGUGGUGGCUCGAACUUUAGAAUUGGUUGUGCCUUUGAUGGAGCACCCUAGUGAGACUUUCUUGUCUCAGCUGGAAGAGGAUGCGGUCAAAUUAAUCUUACAACAUGAUCGCACAGUUAUAACAUCUUGCUUGGCUCUUCUAGGUUCUAUAGUCAACACUGUCACUAAAAACUAUAGAUUGAUCAAAGAUUGCUUUAACAGGUAUCACAGCUUUAUUUCUGACUACAAAAGGCUGAAUGAGGAAAACCCAGAAAAUCCUCGACUGGAGAAUUACAAGCCCUUCUUCAGAAGAGCUCUCUAUACCAUUGGCCUCCUGCUGAAACACUUUGACCUCAAGAACCAAGUAGUGAGAUGUGGGCUGCCGGACAAUAUCACCGAGCAAGUAUUUGAGACCUUGAUGUACUUCAUGGGUUUGCCAGAUAUAAACUUGCAGUACUGUACCCUUCAAGCUGUAGGGUUUGUUUGCAUACGCCACUACGAACUGAUGAUGGGGUCUCGCCUAAAGCAGCUGUAUCAUAUGAUGUUACUCGACCCGUCCGUUAACACCAAGCUGCGCAUCCAGACCCUACAAAAUGUGGAGACCUAUCUCCAGGAGGAAGAAAUCAGGAUGAUCAAGCAGGAUCAAGAGUGGGCAAAACAAAAAACUCGUGAAAAUUUGAAAGAAAUGUGUGAUGUUCAGUCUGGUAUGGCAUCAGCAAUCAUCCAAAUGUAUCUCAAAGAGGUUUUAGAGUGUGUAGUAGCUGGCUGUGUGGUUGUCCGCCACUCAGCACUACGAGUGAUUCAGCUGGUGUUAGCACAAGGUCUUGUCCACCCCGUCCAGAUUGUACCUUACUUGGUCUGCAUGUCUACAGACACAGAGGAAAUCAUAGCACAUUCAGCAGAUAAGCAGCUGCAGGACAUAGAGAAGAAAUACCCAGGCUUUAUUGGGAUGAAAGCUAUGCAAGGUUUCCGGCUGUCUUACAGGUUGCAGUCAUUGAUUCAACCAGCAAUGCCUACACGUGGAUUUCGGACCAAGGAAGGGGAACUCCCUGGAGCUCUUAAUGGUUUCUUAUAUUCUAUUAUGCGUACGACCAAGCAACACAGAAGAGCAGUGGCCUUUUCCUUACUGAAGCAGUUUGAAGAGCAGGCACGGACCAGUUUGACUGAACUCUUGUUUAUAGCAGACAAUCUAGCAUACUUUCCCUAUCAGGUGCUAGAUGAACCAUUAUUCAUUAUACACCAUAUAGAUAUAAUGAUCUCUGUCACGGGUACUAAUCUGCUCCAGAGCUUCAGGGAGGCCCUCCUCCCACCUCCAAAUGCAGAGAUGAAAAUAAACCCAGAAACUAGACAGCCAGAGUUUGUAGAUGACUUGGAUGAUGAGGAGGAUGUAGAAGUGUAUUUAUCCCGCCUCCCACCUUGCCUCACUCCACUUGUGGAAUGUAUCAAUGCCUCUCAGGGAUGCCUCCUGUUGCUCAUGUUGAAGGAGCAUUUGAAGGAGAUCUAUGGCAUUACAGAUGGGAAAAUUUCACAGUAUUCACCCUCCGACACAUCGAAGCAGUAUGAAAAGGGAGCUUCUAGAAAAAGUGCGUCGAAGUUUAACCCCAAAGCUAUUCUAAAACGAUUAAAGGAAGAACCUGUAAACGAUGUGGACAUAGUAGAUGAUACUCGGCAGAAGGUUGACCUCAUCACGCAGUACCUUGAUUUCAAGGCACUCAUGCUAAAGAUUGAUCCUGAUGAUGAUGACGAAGAUUCUGAUACUGAUAUGGCAAAGAAAUCAUUCCAGAAUGAUGGCAGUACACCACUGCCAAAUACAAGAUCAUUAAGAACAAACCAGAAUCCUAGUGACGUUCCCUUGCUGCCUGGAACACACGACGGAUGGAAGGAUCAACCCAAGGAUGCAGAAGCAACAGCAGAAACCCUCACAGCACCAGAUUGCAAUGUAGUAGAAACCAAAACAGAAGAGCAGCCUUCAACACGUCGCACACCAAUCAAGCCUAUAACGAUCCGUGCGUCCCAAGUUACUCCCACGAGGGAACAUCGUUCUCACCACCACCACCACCGAUCCUCUCAUCGUUCUUCCAGCCACAAAAAGCACAAAAAGAAGAAAAAACGGAAGAAGGCCAGUGACUCUGAGGAAGAAGAAAGUGAAUGUAGUGAUCCAGAUUUCCUAGUAUAGUUGGGAUGAUCGUGUGUUAGAACCUCUGUGCUGUGGCUUAUACCCAGCUCAAACUGUGUGAUGCACUGGACACACAAGACAUUAACAAAUUAUUUCUUCAUGGAGGUUUCAGAUGAAGGGAGGAAGAAUUUUUUGUGAUGCUAAAGUGACCUUUAUAUUAAACAAAGAGCGUGAAUAAACUGGAUAAGGAUAUAAAUCAGGAAAUGAAGAUAUUUUUAUUCCAAGCAAUACAGUAGUUAAGGAAAUUUUGUCGUGCAUUCAGUUUUUGCACAAAAUGAAAUAUGAAUUGUGGGGCCUUCAGAUAUUGGCAAUUAAUGGACACAAAGUGGAAAAAAAUUGGAAAGCCGCAAUUGAAAGGAGGCAUUUGGACCAAAUAUUUAGAAGAACUUGAAAAAGUUCUUUCAUGUAUCAGGAAAUUUUUUUUUAUCUUCAUUUUUCCAAUGGACAAAGGAGUGACAGUGGACAAGAAAUACAACUUCAGUGUGGUGAGGGAAGUUCCCAGCAAAUGGUAAUGAAUCAGUGAGAAUAUAUUUAUUAUUUAUUGUACAGUAAUAACUUGACACUGGUAGUUUCUUUACUAUUUAUUGGAGAAGUGAAUUCCCCCAUUCAUGAACAAUGUUACGAGAAUGCUCUGGUUGUGAGGGUUUGGGGCAUGUUGAAGUGUACACCAACUGAUGGAUGACAUAUAAGGGAGGCUGUAUUAUUUCUUUUAACAGACUUUUUUUUUUUUCUUUUUUUUUUUUUCUUUCUUUUUUUUUCUUUCUUUUUUUUUUACGGAAGAAAAGA